CUCUGUAAACAGCGGGUGACUCACCGCCCAGCUAUGCCCCGGCCGCUGGGAGAGCUGCAAUGAUAGCAGCCCCUCCUCUCCCAGACUGUCCCCAGCCCGGGGCUUCUCCGGCCCAGUGGUGACCUCGGCCCGGGAGCAGGGUGGCCUGUGGGGCGCUCACUGGGCCCACAGAUGCCAGGGUCAAGUCACCAUCAGGAAGCUCUCACCUCCCUGCCAGGACCCCCCCACGUGGCCGUGUGUCCAUCUCCAGCCCACGUGGAGCCUCGAGGAGGGCAGAGGGGCCUGGAGGUGCCAGGGCCGCACCAGCCCUGCUGCUGUUCUGCUCUCCCUCCCCGCACCCGGAGAGCAGCCGUGUUGCCAGGGACCCCCGGGAGUCCCCUGGCCUGGGUGCUGAGCCCCUCUGGUGGUGAAGGGUGGGCAGCUGUCGGAGGCAGGGCCGGUGGUGGCGGGCCCGGACAGUGCUCCGUCGAGUCCUGGGGCUGCAGGCCGAGGUACCCACCCAGGGCCCCGUCCCCCCAGUGUGGAGGCCUUGGUGCACCUCGUCUUGGCCCUGAGACGCUCCUCGGGUGUCUCUCUGACCCUGUCUCUGCUCAGUUCACCUUGCCUGGCAUUUGGAUCUUGUCUGGGCUUGGGGGAGGGCAGCCCCCAGUCCUUGAAGCCGGUGACAUAGUGUCCCCGUGAGUCAGGGGCCAGGAAUCCCACGCCCCUUCCCCAGCCGCCCGCACGAGGGGCCUGCUCACUGCCUCGCAAACCUGCACAGCCCGCCCGAAGCCAUUGUUGCUGUGGGCUUCUCUGUUUCCAUGACGACCAUCAGGGGUUGGCUACUUCCCAAGGUCGCCAUGGCAACUAUCAGAGGGGAAUCAUGCUUGGGAUGCUUUGGCUGGCUUUUUCAUGAAUGAUUAGAAUGUGUGACACAAUGCAGACGCGAGAAUGAGAAGGGCGGGCUGCAGGGACAACUCCCGCCAGACGGUCGGUGAGCUCUGGAGGUGGUGGCCCCCACCUCCCCCGUCCGGGCUGGCGUGGGAGCCCCCACCCACCUCUGGGCCUCAGGUCAUGGCUGUGGGGCAGCCGAGGUGGAGGCGGUGAUGUCACAGCUGCAGUGCCCUUGGCAGAGUUACCAUUUCCACACGGUUCUGUCCGGGUGACGGUGCCCAGGUUAUGACGACUAAUCCCAAACCGAACAAGGCAUUGAAGGUCAAGAAGGAGGUGGGCGAGAACGCCCCGGUGCUCAGCGACGAUGAGCUGGUGUCCAUGUCGGUGCGGGAGCUGAACCAGCACCUGCGCGGCCUGUCCAAGGAGGAGGUGGUCCGCCUGAAGCAGCGCCGCCGCACGCUCAAGAACCGCGGCUACGCGGCCAGCUGCCGCAUCAAGCGCGUGACGCAGAAGGAGGAGCUGGAGCGGCAGCGGGUGGAGCUGCAGCAGGAGGUGGAGAAGCUGGCCCGCGAGAACAGCAGCAUGAAGCUGGAGCUGGACGCCCUGCGCUCCAAGUACGAGGCCCUGCAGACCUUUGCCCGCACGGUGGCCCGCGGCCCCAUCACGCCCACCAAGGUGGCCACCACCAGCGUCAUCACCAUCGUCAAGUCCGCCGAGAUCUCCUCCACCUCCGUGCCCUUCUCCGCCGCCUCCUAGUGCCCGGCCUGGGGGGGCGCGGGCGGGCGGGCGGGGCGCGUCCCUCGAGCUGGUCGGAGGUCCAGACCCCUCAGUACCGCGUCCGGUCCAGGAGGCCCGCGGGGCCCUGGCUGUGGCUGGGAAAGAGCCGGUUCCCGAGGGCCCGUGUGCCGCACGCCUUCUCACGCGCACGCCCGCCCGCACCCGCACCCGGCCUUCCUGGGCCCUGCCGGUGCUCUGCAGACAUUUCUGGGGCAUUUCUGGGGCUUCUGUCUUGCGCUGGAGGAGUUGGGAUGUGUGGAGGGAAGGUCCUCAGACGGUUCCAGGCCCCCGCGUCUUCCACCCCCACCCUGAGCAGCCUGUCCACGCCCCGCAGCGCUUCGGGCCCCCUUGCGGCGCCCCCGCCAGGGCAGCACCCCGUCCCCGCCCCGACGGCUCCGCGGUGCCCUGGGAGGAGCCGAGCACCGUGGGGUCCCGAUGCACCGGGAGCUUGCUUCAGCCUCAGCCCCAGGCCGGUGCCCCGAGAAGCUGGCGGGGGAAGGGCGGCGUGCGUGUGCAGGCGUGUGCGUGUCUGUACACGCGUGUGCCUGUCCUCCCACCAGGGCACUAGCGGCUCAGGGGGCUUCGGGAAGCAGCUCCUUGUGGGCGGUCACCUGGUCCCGUGGCAAAUGCGGGCAGGGUCGUGCGAGCCUUGGGUUCCUCCUCCGCAGCAGGGGCCCCAGGGGGGGUCUUUGGCUGGGGGCAGCCGCCAGGCCGGGGGAGGCGGAGCCCCGGGGCGGGGAGGCGGGAAGGGAGCAUGUUGUGUGCGGAGCAGGCGUGAGGUCGGCGGUGGCCGCGGAGGCUGGCCGUGGAGCUGGGCAGCACGCGGCUGCCCGGGCUCCUGCAGCUGGAGGACCGGGAGAGCAGGGAGAUGGGUGGGGACGGAGGGCAAGGAGGGUUGAUGGUGGGGGGAGGUGCUGACGCGGGAGGCGGGCCAGGAGGGUGGCAAGACCCUGCCUCCGGGAGCCUGUGGGCGGUAUGUUGGCGGAGAACCCGGGACCCUGCGACCUUGGUGCUUAAUCAUUGCCUGGAACCUUUGCCUGCUCUUUCUUUCUGGCGCUCGGAGCCACGGGUGGCCUAGGUGGCCUUUGCUGGGGCUUCCCUUCCCUGAGAGCUGCUGCAGGGGCUGCCGUGUGGCCAGCCACCCCCCACCCCCACCCCCCGUCCCGCCUCUCCUGGGAGGCCCUGGGGCCGGGGCUGGGCUGCGAGCUGCCAGCCCCACAACAGGCCGGGCAGGCGGGCGCCCUGGGCUCUGACCCCCGCCUUGCUCCUGGCUUGCCUCCUGGGGGCCGGCGAGUCAGGCCCCCACGCUGCAGAGCCCCGGAGGGGGAGGAGCGGAGGCGGACAGAGAGCCCCGAGGGCUGCGGACAGACUGCGUCCGUCUGGGGGAAGGCCCGGGUCGGGGGCGUGCUGGGGCCUCUCGGCCGAAGCCGGUGUGUCAGCCAGCUGUCGAUACCAGAGCCACGGUAGGUAAUCCACAUUGGAUGUCGAUAAGGACCACGGGAGUAUUUAAAAGAGAGAAAAGUAUAUAUAUAUAAAAUUAUAUACACAUUUUAUCGUACAGAUUUUCAUAACUUUUCUUCCUGUUUGAUACUGUAAAUCUCUAUUAGAGCAGAGCUGCCUGGGCCUGGGGGUGGCUGCAGUGGGGUCGGCUGCUCGCCACCUGCUUCCCUCGGGCCUCAGCCCUGCCAGGUGCCCCACCGGGCACCCCGUCCCGCAGCCCCCGCCGCCGCUCCCUGGGACCAGCCGGGGAGGCCAGCGUGAUCCUCCUCCUCCCUCCAGAGCAUCGAAAUUUCAUUGUCACAGUUUUAAUAUAUGGGUUUUUUUAUUUAAGAAAAUAGGCAAGGCCCCUGGUCGGGGGGGGGGUGCUGGUUUCCUGGGCCCCCCCCCAUGAUGCUUCAGGCGCUCCCUCCCUGGCAACAGGCCCUUGUGUGAGCUCCGCACCAGUUCCCGCCCCUCUGGCCACGCAGCAGUUCCAUUUCAAUAUUUAUUUUUGUGCUGCUUUUAUCGUGAUAUAAAUUAUUGAGAAGAGACCCCACGUUGUGGCCCUGUCCGUGCGACGCGUGGCCCGUGCCCGCCGCUCCCCUCGGCCACACCUAAUUUAUUGCUGUACAUCUCUCUGCUGUGAUGCUUUUGUACCUUUGCAAUAAAGAGUUUUCUGGUUUCA